AUGGAGUCUACUCCCACAACAACAACAACAACAACAGUUGAGGGUUCAUCCUCCACCUCAUCAACUGCUCAGCCAAAGCAGAGCUCUGUUAAAGAGAUAAAUGAAAGAUUGAGAAGAGUAUUCUACACAAACAAGACGAGAAAGAUUGAGUGGCGUUUCGCUCAACUAAAGGCUCUAAAGAAGAUGAUGACCGAGAACAAGGAUGACAUUGCCAAAGCCGUCAAGAAGGAUUUGGGCAAGCCAGACUUUGAGGUCAACCAAACAGAGGUCGUGAUGGUCAUUGCCGAGAUCGAGGAGACCAUCUCCAAUCUCGAGAGCUGGGCCAAGACCGAGACGGUGUACAGCCCUCUCCACUUCAAGCCGUCGUCAUCACACGUGCUCAAGGACCCACUUGGAGUCGUGCUCAUCAUGUCGCCAUGGAACUACCCAGUCAACCUGGCACUCAUCCCAUUCGCUGGCGCCAUCGCCGCCGGCAACUGUGCCCUGCUCAAACUCUCUCGUCACAGUGGCAACGUUGCCCAGCUGCUUCACUCUCUGUUGAUCAAGUACAUGGACAACGAAUGCUUUGCCUUUGAUAGCGAGGGUGGCGCACCCUACAUCACUGAGCUCCUGGAGUACAAGUGGGACCACAUCUUCUUCACUGGCAGUGUUGCAGUUGGUCGUAUCGUCUACCAAUCUGCCGCCAAGUUCCUCACCACAGUCACACUUGAGCUCGGUGGCAAGAACCCAUGCAUCAUUCAUCAGGAUGCCAAUGUCAAGUUGGCCGCCAAGAAGUUGGUUUGGGGCAAGUGUUGGAAUGCAGGUCAGACUUGUAUUGGACCAGACUACUUGUUGAUGCACAAGUCAAUCGUGGAGGAAUUUAUUGAGGAGUUCAAGGUGGUGCUGAAGGAGUUCUUUGGCGAUGACAUCAAGCAGAGCAAGUCAUACGCUCGUAUCAUUUCGAAGCAGCAUACAGAGAGACUUCAGAAGUUGUUUGGCAACGGCAAGGUUGUCAUUGGAGGCGAGGCCGAUCCCGAGACUAAGUACGUCGCACCAACCGUCAUCAUGGAGCCCCAGUUGGAUUCGCCAUUGAUGCAGGAUGAGAUCUUUGGACCAGUGCUCCCGAUCAUCACCUACGAGGACAUUGACGAGCCAAUCAGGUUCAUCCAGGAGCGUCCCAACCCUCUCACCCUCUACCUGUUCUCCCGUGACUCCUCCGUCCAGGACCGUGUGUUACAGUCCACACAGUCUGGCUCGGCCAUGUUGAACGAUGUCCUUUUGCACUUUACCAACCCACAUCUUCCAUUCGGAGGCAGUGGAGACAGUGGCAUUGGAGCAUACCAUGGUAGACUUACCUUUGACACCUUUACCCACAAGAGAGCCUUGGUCAAGGCUUCCACCAAGAAGUGGUUGGACAUUCCAUUGAAGUACCCACCAUAUUCAGAGUUUGCUGGUACAGUUGCUGGCAAGAUGAUUGGUUCAGGCUGGUAA